UUGUUUCCUUGUAGCAGGUCAGAGUGAGUGAACUUUGUCGAGACAAGUAUUGAAAUGAGUUCAGCGUGUAAGCCCGACGUCAGUGAGUGAUAAAAUGAAAGUGUGUAACCGGGGUUAGGUUUGAGCCCCGGUCUCGCAGUAUCCAUAUUCACUUAAGCACUCAGUUACCGGAACUGUAGACCUGUCAAAAAAAGUAGCUGUCCUCACACCGUUUUGUUGAUACUAGACGCCGUUAAGAGGAAAUUAACCCAUAAACGUCACGUUAACCAGCGCGACAGCAUCCUGCAUGGUUGGUGUGCUGCGCAGAGAUGGCGCUGGAGGAAGGGGCCCGGAGCUGUCUGCUGCGCUUCCGCCACAGACUGGAACAGGACAUCAAGCCCCCCUACCUGAUGGACCACUUGAUCAGUGAUGGUGUGAUGAGUGUGGAUGAGGAGGAGAGGAUCAGGGCUCAGCCCACCAGGAAGGAACAGGCUACGGCUCUGCUGGAGCUGCUGCUGAGGAAGGACAACUUUGCCUACAUCUCCUUCUACAACGCCCUGGUCAAGGAGGGCUAUGAUGAUUUGGCCAAUCUGCUUCAUGACGAUCUACCGCGGAUCUCACCAAAUGCAUAUAAGAGCUCCUCUGAUGGCCCCUCAUCUUCUGUCCAGAUGGUGCUGAGUGAAGGUGGUGUACCACAGAGGCCCGUGGUGUUUGUCAGCCGACCGGAGCUUUUGAACCGGGUCAGAGAGAAACUCUACCAGCUACAGAAGGAGCCUGGCUGGGUCACUGUCUUCGGGAUGGCCGGCUCGGGCAAAUCUAUCCUGGCUGCAGAGGCUGUCAGACACCAAGGGGUCAUCGAAGACUGCUUUCCUGGAGGCAUCCACUGGUUGUCCAUUGGCCAACUGGACAAACCAGACCUGUUGGUGAAGAUCCAGUCAUUGUGUUUCCGUUUGGAGCAGAGCCUAGAUUCCCAGUCCCUCCACCGGACCCCCAACUCUCUCGAUGAAGCCAAGGAGCGUCUGCGCUUUCUCAUGCUGCGCAGAUUUCCCAGAUCUCUGCUGAUUCUAGAUGACAUCUGGGACAGUACAGUGCUGAAGACGUUUGAUAUCCAAUGUCGUAUACUUCUAACCACCAGAAAUAGAAGCGUUACUGAUUCAGUUAGUGGUGCUAAAUAUGAGGUGGAAGUGGAAAGUGGUCUGGAUGAAAACAAAGGACUGGAGAUCCUCGCUCUGUACACUAAAACUAAACUGCAAGGACUACCCGAGGAAGCUCGCAGCAUUGUCAGAGAGUGUAAAGGCUCCCCUCUGGUGGUGUCCUUGAUCGGGGCUCUGCUCAAAGAGAAACCCAACCGGUGGCAUUACUACCUCCGCCAGCUGCAGCAGAAGCAGUUCAAGCGUAUACGGAAAUCAUCGUCUUAUGACUAUGACGCCCUGGACCAGGCCAUGGCUGCGAGCAUUGAGGUCCUGCCUGAUGAACAUCGAGAGCUCUACAAGGACCUCACUGUGCUAGAAAAAGACAUUAAAAUCCCUGCCAAGGUGCUGUCUGUUCUGUGGGACCUUGAGCCGGAGGAGGUGGAGGACAUUCUCGAGGAGUUUGUCAACAAAUCUCUGCUUUUUGUGGACAGUAACAAUAAACCCUACCUGUAUUACCUCCAUGACCUUCAGCUGGACUUCCUGGUGGAGCAGAACCGCACCCAGCUCGAGAGCCUUCACGCUAAAGUGGUACGUCAGUAUCAGUAUCACUACAGAGAUGGUCCUCCCAUCUCAGGAGAUGAGGAAUGUCUUUAUUGGAUCAGAUAUUUGACCUACCACAUGGCCAAAGCCAACCUUUCUCAGGAGCUCUACUCCCUCAUGUUUUCUCUGGAUUGGGUCAGCAUCAAGGCCCAGAUAAUGGGUCCAGCCCACCUCAUCAAUGACUAUGUGGAGUACGGACCAAUUCUGGACAAAGAGCACAGUGACGUGCGCAGUCAGUUCCAGGAGUUUCUGUCCCUGAACGGCCACCGGCUGGAACAGCGUCCUUUCCCUGAUGUGGUGCAGCUUGCCUUGUCUCAGCCACACACCUCCGAGGUCUACAGACAGGCUCUGCUGCAGGCACAGGACCGGGUCAGCACAGGGGGACUCUACUUUGACUGGCUGAAUAAGAGCAGUGUGAAGUGUCUGUCCCGUCUGGUGAUCCACCCCCACCAGGGCUCCAUCUACUCUGCCUGCUUCUCCCACGAUGGAGCCAAGAUCGCCACCUGUGGAGCCAGCAAGACGCUCAAGGUGUUUAAAAGCACCUCAGGCGAGAAGCUCAAAGAGAUCCAGGCCCACGACGAUGAGGUGCUCUGCUGUGCCUUCUCCCCCGACGACCGUCUCCUAGCAACCUGCUCCAGUGACAGGAAAGUAAAAGUGUGGAAUGUGGACCGAGCCAUGCUGCUGAGGGUCUUUGCGGAGGAGCACGAAGAGCAGGUCAAUCACUGUCAGUUUACAAACACGAGACGACACCUCCUCCUGGCCACCUGCUCCAACGACAAGUUCUUGAAUGUCAAGGUGUGGAACCUCAACAAGCCAUCCUCCCAGAACACCAUGUUUGGCCACUUUGAGCCAGUCAACCACUGUUGUUUCUCCCCCGAUGACACCUAUGUGUCCACUUCUUCCAACGACGGCACUGUUAAGCUUUUUCAGGUGUCAUCUGCCAAUGAGUGGAAGACGAUCAACGUGAGCAGCAUGUUUACAGAGAGCGAUGAAGAGGUCCUUGUCAAGUGCAGCACCUGGACCGCCGAUGGCAAACGUAUCAUAUGCGCUGCCAGGAACGCUGUUUUGGUGUUUGAUGUGGAGACGUCGGAGAUGUUGUUGGAGAUCAGAACGAAUCGUCUGAGCACAGUGCAAUACUGUCACGCCUGUCCUACCAGUAACUUGCUGGCCAUUGCAUUCUCAAACUACGCUGUAGAGCUGUGGGACCUGGAGGCCGAUAAAAAGAUGGCUGACUGCAGUGGGCACCUGAGUUGGGUCCAGCGUGUUCAGUUCUCUCUUGACGGCUCACAGCUGCUCUCCUGCUCUGACGACCAGACUGUCAGGCUAUGGGAAACUAAGAAGGUUCACACCACCUCAGCUGUCUGCCUGAAAAGAGACUCUGACGUUCUCUUCAAUGAUGAAGAUAUCAUUGUAUCAGCUGCGGACAACUGCAACAGACUGCAGGUACGUGAUGGCAGGAUGGGAUCAGUGCUGUUCCAGUCAGAAGAGAAGUCGUCCAGGAUCCGGUGUACCUGUAUGUGCAGGCAGCCCUCUGUGGUGGCUCUGGGCCAAGAGGAUGGCACUGUACAGGUGUUGGAGGUGCCCUCUGGGAAGCUUCUGGCCACUCUGCUGGGACAUACAAAGACGGUGCUGCACUGCCAGUUCAGCCAGAACGGCGGCACACUUAUCACAUCCUCCGAGGACACCACCAUUAGGGUGUGGAGGUGGCAAUCUGGGGAGGGCAGAGUACUUCAGGGACACAAAGAGCAGGUCAGAUGCUUCUCUCUGCUCUCCAACUCGCCGGCCGACACAAGACUGCUGUCCUGGUCCUUCGACGGUACUGUCAAGGUGUGGGACAUAGAAAGUGGAGAGAAGCUACAGGACAUCGAGGCGCAUCGGGGAGCCAUUCUGUCUUGUCAUGUCUCACCAGAUGGAUGCUUCUUCGCCACCACCUCUGCUGACAAGACUGCUAAGUUGUGGCACUGUGAGACCUGGCAGUGUGUCCACACACUGAGCAACCACCAAGACUGUGUCCGAAGCUGCCGAUUCUCCUGGGACAGCCGACGCCUCGCAACUGGAGAUGACAACGGAGAGAUCCGGCUGUGGAGUGUCAAGGAAGGAUCCUUGCUGAAGAUUUGUUCGCGGGAGGGGAAAGACGGUAUGGACUCACUCCACGGAGGCUGGGUGACUGACCUGCACUUCUCCCCAGACAACUCUCUUCUGGUCUCGACUGGCGGCUAUAUCAAGUGGUGGGAUGUGGAGAAAGGCGAGGCCCUGCAGACCUUCUAUCCGACGGGAAGCGCUUUGAAGAGAAUCCACGUAUCGUCCGACUUCUCCACCUUCGUCACCAUCGACAGCAUCGGCAUCCUCUACAUCCUCCAGAAGGUGGUGCGAUGACCGCGCUGCCAGCGCCACUCCAAAAGACGCCAAAAAAACGACAGAAACAGACCAUCACAGUCCAACUGAACACUACAUUUCCUAGCCGAAACUUGACUUGACCAGUUUUAUACCAGCUUUAAAUGAAAACUGUUCCGGUGACAAUCAGCUUUUGGGAGUUUACAUACUCAGUGAAAGAGCUAAAGAUUCCCGCUCCAGUCUCUCUGUUUUACACAUCAAGACAGAAGAUGCAAAUGCACGAUUUUUGUACAUAAAACAGAGCCGAAUCUCUUAUAAAAAGAAGAAGAGGUGCGUCAAAAAAGCGACAUGUUUCCUUCAAAAAAAAAAAAAAAA